GUAAUAAUUGCAAUGUUUGAAGAUAGUCGAUGGUAAAAAGAUAAAUUUUUGACAGUAGCAGUACGAAAAAGAUAAUAAUUACGAAAUAAUUGUACACAUACAUAUACUACAGUAUUAGAAAAUAAAGUAAUAACAAAGACAGCAUAACGGUUUAAUAGCAUCAAUCGUAUUAGAAUAUGUGUCAAAACGCUUGCGUAUUUUCCUAUUAUUGAUUAAAUGUACUUUUGUAAGCAAUUGGUAUGGUUUUCGACCGGUAAACCGGAUGGUACUAUGAUUUUGAAUCAUAAUGCGUCAUUUGAAAAGAAUUUAUCUUGAACUAAUGCACGUAAAAAAAAUCUAUGAUAUGACUUCGUAUUGGACGUGACAACAAUUAUUCUAAAGUUCUGUAAUCGUACGAUAAAAAAACGUGCAAUGCCUUUAACUACGAUUUAUUAAGUGUCAGCAUAUAUAUAUUUACUAAUUGAAUGAGAUAAUAAGUUGCCUCAAUAGUAAAAAUAUUGGAAAUAAAAAUUGUGAUUUUUAUAACGAUAUAUAAAAAAGAGUAACUACGUACUUGCAAAAUGGGUUCCGAACAAAGCUCGCAGAGCGGUACUCAGAGCACCAGUAACAAUAGAGCAAGAGCGGGACAACUUCGUCGUGGUAAAAGUGUUCCAAACAGCGAAAGAGUACCAGAAGAUACUCCACCAAGAUGUAUAAGCCCUGGUGCAAGCAUUUGUUCUGACUCAGAUUUACCAUAUAUAUCUUACACUGUAAAUAGACCUAUCGGAGAUUCUCCAAAAAUGAGCAACAAACAGUUACAGUUGUACAGAGGAAAAAGCUUAGGUGCACAGGAUAUAUCGAGGAGGAGAAACAGUUUGAGUAGUCAUAGAAAACCAUUGUCCGACAAACUUCACAAUAUUGUCGUUGUAAAGCCAGCUGCAUCGGAUCCUAGCACCGAAAAAGAUCCAGAUCUAGUCAAAUUACAAAGUAUUCCCAUGUUUCUACCAAUAAUGCGUGGGACUUUGAAUCUACCGCCAGGAGUACGAGAUCCAGAGGUUCUUGAAAGAUUAGAUCCCAUUGGAUUGUUCAAUGUAUGCGCCCGAUAUCAACAUCACCUUAAUACUAAUGCACAGAUGAUAGCUGGAGAACAAGCAGCUCUAUGCAUUAAUCUCGAAGCCGAAGUUAAUAGAAUUUUGGGUCUAGCCGUAGAAAGACAAAAAAAAUUUACCAAGUUUGCGGAACAACUAAACAAAGUACACGAACUUAGCAGACAACUGACCAAAUGUCAUUCUCUUCUUAAUCAGACUUUAGAAAGUCUUGAAACACUUAAUAACUUCUUACCAAUAGAAGACAGAUUAGAACCAUUUGUAUGGACGACAGGAUAAAUACAAAUAUACCAAUAAUCAAAUCUUAUAGGUCAAAAAAUAUUCUUUUUAACUUGAUGCAUUACGUACAAAGAUUUAAAUUUUAGAAAUGCCUACAUAGUUCUAUCCUCUAACUAUAAACUAAAUUCCUAUUGGGAACUAGAUUGGAGUAGAUUAAAUAUGAACAAAUUUAUAUAACUAUAAAAAAUUUGAAUCGUUGAAACAUUUUAGAUGACAAGGUCUACCUACACAUUGUAUUUAAUCACAUAGAUUUCUAACAUUUACACCAAUGUAUAUUGUAUAUAAUGCACUUAAUCUUGAAAAAAAAACAGGGAUCUGUAUGAUACUUCUAUUUUCAUGUGAAUUCUAAUAACUACAAAGAAAAAUACAGAGAAAUUUAAAGAAUAUAAUUAGAUUUUUUUUAAAUAAUAUGAAUUAUGCGCAUAUAUUAAGAAUGAUAGAAUACUGAGGAAUCUAAUUUAUUUAAAAGAACGAAAAAAUCAUUCUCCUUACGACUUCUUAACAAAUUGUUAGAG